AUCAGAGUUAAUGAAAUAUAACGACUUCAGCUUGAAUUGUGCACAAGUUUGAGCGGGUUGUGGUUCGGUGCUAAGUGAUUGCAGCAGUGUGUGUGUGAGUUUGUGUGUGGCCAAAGAAGGACAAUAAAAACGGAAACGCAAAGGCCGGAACGAGAAGAGGAAACGCAGGAAAGAAGGUGCACAGAUUCCAAAACAAAACAACGAUUCACAACGAAACUUUUGAGGAAGGAAAGACCAUUGGAUAGACCAUUGAAGAGUACUACUCCACCCCCGCCCCCAAUAAUGGCCAUGUAGUACAGCCAACAGACCAGUAACAAACAAACAACUAACACCGAGGUGCCCUUAGACAAUCGAAUUCGUACAACAAACCAAGCAACAAGCAACAACUCAAUUUAUAACCAAUUGAAAUUGAUAACUGCCGAUUUUUUUGAACUGACAAUAAAAGAAACCUAAGCGCAAAAAGGAGCAAUAAGAGCCAACAGCGAAACAAUCAGGAGAACACACAAAACUUAAUACAAAAUACAAAUACAAAUAAAAAUGGGACGCAAAAUAACCGUGGCAGUGUCCACACUGAAUCAAUGGGCCUUGGACUUUGAGGGCAAUUUGGCAAGGAUACUGCAAUCCAUAUUGGAGGCCAAGGAUAUGGGCGCUAGCUAUCGCACUGGACCCGAGCUGGAGGUUAGCGGCUACAGCUGCGAGGAUCACUUUCGAGAGCCGGACACGUAUCUGCACUCAUGGGAGGUGCUGCUGGAGAUCAUGAUGUCACCCAUUUGCGAAAACAUGCUGGUGGAUGUGGGUAUGCCGGUGAUGCAUCGCAAUGUGGCCUACAACUGUCGCGUGGCCUUCUUCAAUCGCCAGCUGCUGCUGAUCCGGCCCAAAAUGGCCAUGUGCGACGAUGGCAACUAUCGGGAGUCACGAUGGUUCACGGCCUGGACCAAGUCGAUGCAGACGGAGGAGUUCCUGCUGCCGCGCAUGAUAUCGCAGCAUACGGGUCAGCAGACGGUGCCGUUCGGCGAUGCAGUGAUCGCCACGCGUGACACCUGCCUUGGCUAUGAGAUCUGCGAGGAGCUGUGGAACGUACGGAGCAAGCACAUCGAAAUGUCGCUGGCCGGCGUGGAGGUGAUUGUCAAUGGAUCCGGGAGCUACAUGGAGCUGCGCAAGGCCCACAUCACCUCGGAUCUUAUACGGAAUGCCAGCUUCAAGGCGGGUGGGGCCUAUCUGUUCAGCAACCUGCGUGGAUGCGACGGCCAGAGGGUGUACUUUAAUGGCUGUUCGGCGAUUGCCCUGAAUGGAGAGCUCCUCGCCAGGGGCCAGCAGUUCGCCCUGCAGGACGUGGAGGUUACCCUGGCCACGAUUGACCUGGAGGAGAUACGGGCGUAUCGAGUGAGCCUGCGCUCGCGUUGCACAGCAGCUGCCAGUGCGGCCAACUAUCCACGGAUCCACUGCGACUUUGAGAUGUCCACGCACAGUGACAUCUUCAAGACAUCAACGCCGCCGCUGCACUGGCCCAGCCACACGCCCGAGGAGGAGAUCGCCUUGGGUCCGGCCUGCUGGCUCUGGGACUAUCUGCGUCGCUCCGGACAGGGCGGGUUCUUUCUGCCCCUCAGCGGAGGCAUCGACUCGAGCAGCUCGGCCACCAUUGUGCACUCCAUGUGCCGCCAGAUCGUUCAGGCCGUGCAGCUGGGCGAUGCCCAGGUGUUGCAUGACAUCCGGAAGAUCCUAGCCGACACGGAGUAUACGCCCGACAAUGCGGCCACGCUGUGCAACCGCCUGCUGGUCACCUGCUACAUGGGCAGCGUCAAUAGCAGCAAGGAGACUCGACGACGGGCCGCGCAGCUGGCGAACCAGCUCGGUAGCUAUCACAUCGAGAUCAGCAUCGACCUGGCGGUGAAUGCCCUGCUGGGCAUCUUCAAUGCCGUCACCGGACUGACGCCUCGCUUCCGAACCCAGGGCGGCUGUGCCCGCCAGAAUUUGGCCCUGCAGAACAUCCAAUCACGCCUGCGCAUGGUCCUGGCGUACAUUUUCGCCCAGCUUAUGCUGUGGGUGAGGAAUCGACCGGGUGGACUGCUUGUCCUGGGCUCGGCGAAUGUGGAUGAAUCGCUGCGGGGAUAUCUGACAAAGUAUGACUGCUCUUCGGCGGACAUUAAUCCCAUUGGCGGGAUAUCCAAGACGGAUCUGCGGCGAUUUCUGAUCUACGCCAAAGAGAAGUACAAUCUGCCCGUUCUGGAGUCUAUUAUCGAGGCACCACCCACCGCUGAGCUGGAGCCGCUGCAGGAGAACGGGGAACUGCAGCAGACCGAUGAGCAAGACAUGGGCAUGACCUAUGAUGAGCUGAGCGAGUAUGGGCGCCUGCGCAAGCAGUCCUUCUGUGGGCCAUACAGCAUGUUCUGCCGUCUGGUGGCCACAUGGAAGGGCGACCUUAGUCCCAAGGAGGUGGCCGACAAGGUGAAGCAUUUCUUUCGCUGCUAUGCCAUCAAUCGGCACAAGAUGACGGUGCUGACGCCAUCGGUGCACGCCGAGAGCUACAGUCCCGACGAUAAUCGCUUCGAUCAUCGGCCGUUCCUUUAUCGGCCCAACUGGAGCUGGCAGUUCAAGGCCAUUGACGAUGAGGUGGACAAGCUGCAGCCCAUCUAUACGCCAUCAUCGAUGCGACCCAGCAGCGAGGAUCUGCUGCUGUCCACGCAGCGUUCCUCGCGCCUCGAUGACUCGAAGCACUCGUCGCCGCUCUCGUCGGCCUCGGGCUCUGCCUCCCUGGAUGUGGGCAUUUCGACGGCGGCCGUGCCCCUGGCAGCUGCUGCCGCUGCCGCCGCUGCUGCACCCGGCCUGGCCAAAAAGCCCAGCGGCUACUCCAAGGUGCACGUGAAUGUCCUAGGAAAGAUCAAGGACCGCACUGGAAUACCUGUCUAGGCAUAAGAAUCGAUAAAACGCACUGUUGGAAUUCUUGUUUGUUUUUUUUUUAUACAUAUACAUAUAUAUACACAAGGAUUAUAUGUAGGACUAGCCAUAGCCUCCGCCUAUUCCGAAAUUUAAAUCUUGUUCAGAUCUUUAUAGAAAAAAUCGUACUCUAAAGCCUUUGUAGCAUCAUUUUUCCAGUUGGCCUUAUCUUAAACAAAAAAUGACUUAUUCCUAAUUAUAUAUACAUACAUACAUAUAUGCCCAAUGCUAAGAAAACUAGUCAACGCCAAAACAAACAAAAAAAACUUGCCCUCAGACCCACUUUUUCUGAUAGAUGUUUUAUUGCGGUUUUUUUUUAUCAAAAUUUUCAAAUUAAAAGCUCAGCAAAGUAAGAAUAAAUUAGGAUAUUUUUGUUGUGUUUUUUAUUGGCUCUCGGCACUAGUAUUGGUCGUCGUUUAAGGUAUUUUUUUUUUUAUAAAUAUCUAUGGAUAAACGGCUAAGCUGCAUUCGUUCUUAAAAACCUCCCAAAAGUGGAAUGAAAAACGCAAAACAAUUUCUUUUUAAUUACUCAAAAUAAAAUCCUAACUUGUUAAUAAACGUUAGAGACCGAAGUCUAUCAGAAAAUGUCGGUUUAAUGCCAGAAAAAAACACCAAGACGGAUUUUGUUGACUAGUUUUGAAACGGAGCAAAAUUUGUACAAUCUUUUGUCAUCGACUAUUAGCCCAUCUGUAGUCCUCACCCCGUGACCCCCGUUUCAUGUGUGAUUUUUGAUAGCAGUUUUUUAUUUAAGCACUUUUUUGGGGCUUUAAAACAAAUCAAAUUUUAAGUUGCUCGCUUGUGUACAGUGCGUUUCAGAGCCAUAAGUGCUAAGAAUUUGUAGGAAUUGAUGUAGGUUAAUUUUAAUAUUGAAAAAAAUACAGAAUCGAAGCAUAACUUAUUCGCAAAAUGCACUCUAAAUGAAGAA